AUGCACCUGAAACAUCUGAAGACUCUCCUUACACCCCAGGAUGGGACCUCAAAAAUUAGUUGUAUGGCAUGGGCGCCUAACAACACAAAGUUCGCCGUUUGCACAGCGGAUAGAAUGGUUCUCUUAUUUGAUGAACUAGGAGAGAAAAGAGACAAGUUUCCCACAAAACCAGCUGACUCGAAAUAUGGAAAGAAGAGUUAUGUCGUCAAAUCCAUGGCGUUCUCCCCAGACUCCACCAAAAUUUCUAUUGCCCAAACCGACAACAUCAUCUACGUUUACAGAAUUGGAGAGGACUGGGGCGAGAAAAAAGUUAUUUGCAACAAAUUUGUGCUAACGAGUGCUGCAACUUGUUUGGUUUGGCCAGCAGAACAUGUUAUUCUAUUUGGUUUGGCUGAGGGCAAGGUCCGAUUAGCAAAUACAAAAACAAACAGAUCAUCCACAGUCUAUGGAACAGAGUCCUACGUUGUCUCACUAACCACAAAUGUGUCAGGGAAAGGGAUCCUCUCCGGUCAUGCUGAUGGCACUGUCGUCCGUUACUUCUUUGAUGAUGAGGGAUCAGGAGAGUCUCAGGGUAAAUUGCUGAUGCACUCGUGCCCACCCUAUGCACUGGCAUGGGGAACCAACAGCAUCGUAGUGGCAGGCUGUGAUAGGAAAGUGGUGGCUUAUGGGAAGGAGGGCCACGUUCUCCAGACAUUUGACUACAGCCGAGAUCAAUCAGAGAAGGAGUUCACUGUGGCUGCCACGAGUCCCAGCGGUCAGUCUGUGGUCGUGGGCAGCUAUGACAGAUUGAGAAUUUUCAACUGGAGUCCUCGUAAGGGGGCUUGGGACGAGGCUCCUUCCAAAGAGAUCACUAAUUUAUACACAAUCACUGCCUUGGCCUGGAAGAAGGAUGGUUCUCGACUCUGUGCGGGUACAUUGUGUGGGGGAGUGGAACAGUUUGACUGCUGCUUACGCAGAAGCAUCUACAAGAAUAAAUUUGAGAUGACUUACGUGGGCCUGAGUCAGGUGAUAGUGAAGAACCUAACCACAGGUACUCGUGUGGUACUGAAGUCUCACUAUGGCUAUGAGAUAGAGGAAGUGAAAAUCCUGGGGAAGGAUCGCUUUCUCGUGGCCCACACCUCUGACACCCUGCUCCUGGGAGAUCUGAUCACAAACAAACUGAGUGAGGUGGCAUGGCAGGGUUCUGGAGGAAACGAGAAGUUUUUCUUUGAAAAUGAGAUGGUGUGUAUGAUUUUUAAUGCUGGGGAGCUGACUCUGGUUGAAUAUGGUAGUAAUGAUGUUCUAGGCUCUGUGCGAACAGAGUUCAUGAACCCACAUCUCAUCAGUGUUCGUCUGAAUGAAAGGAGACAGAAGGGAGUAGAGGACAACAAGAAAUUGGCCUACCUAAUUGAUAUCAAAACGAUUGCAGUUGUGGACCUGGCUGCUGGCUUUAACCUCGGCACUGUCAGCCAUGACUCAAAGAUUGACUGGCUGGAGCUGAAUGAGACGGGCUGCAAGCUACUCUUCAGAGACAAGAAGCUGAGACUGCAUCUUUAUGACAUUGAGAGCAGUGUGAAGACCACAGUGCUGAGUUUCUGCUCCUUUGUGCAGUGGGUGCCAGGCAGUGACGUGGUGGUAGCUCAGGACCGCAGUAGUCUGUGUGUGUGGUACAACAUUGACUGCCCAGAGAGAGUCAACAUGUUCCCUUUGAAGGGGGAUAUUGUAGAUCUGGAGAGGUCUAAUGGUAAAACAGAGGUAAUUGUGACGGAAGGUGUCAACACCGUGUCCUACACGCUGGACGAGGGGCUGAUUGAAUUUGGCACGGCCAUUGAUGAUGGAGACUAUUACAGGGCUGCAGCAUUCCUGGAGACCUUGGAGAUGUCUGCAGAGACAGAGGCCAUGUGGAGGACUCUGAGUAAGCUGUCCCUGGAGGCACGACAGUUACACAUUGCUGAGAGAUGUUUUGCGGCCUUGGGAGACGUGUCCAAAGCUCGAUUUCUGAAUGAGACCAACAGGAUUGCUGAUGAAGUCUCAAAGGAAUUUGGAGGUGAUGGGACAGAACACUACCAAGUGAAAGCACGCCUAGCAAUGUUGGAUAAGAACUUCAAACUGGCUGAAAUGUGUUUCCUGGAACAGAAUGCCGUUGAUGAGGUGAUGGACAUGUAUCAGGAGCUUCACAUGUGGGACAACUGCAUUUCUGUGGCAGUGGCCAAGGGACACCCUGAGUUGGAAAACCUUAGACGCAGUUACUAUGCAUGGCUGAUGGAGACCAAUCAGAAUGAGAAGGCAGGGGAAGUGAAAGAAACCGAAGGCGAUUACAUCGGAGCCAUCAAUCUGUAUCUGAAGGCAGGACUUCCUGCUAAAGCAGCCCGGUUGGUCAUGAGUAGAGACGAACUCAUAUCUAACAGUGACAUUGUCAACCGCAUUGCUACAGCACUCAUCAAAGGAGAUUUCUAUGAAAGAGCUGGGGAUCUCUAUGAGAGGAUCAGAAACAACCAUAGGGCCCUAGAGUGUUACCGCAAAGGCAGUGCCUUCAGGAAAGCUGUGGAGCUUGCCCGCUCGGCCUUCCCUGCUGAUGUGGUGAAGCUUGAGGAGGCCUGGGGAGACUACCUGGUCCAGCAGAAACAAAUGGACGCUGCCAUAAACCACUACAUAGAGGCCGGCUGUUCGUCCAAAGCCAUUGAGGCAGCAAUCGGCGCACGGCAGUGGAAGAAGGCAGUUCACAUCCUGGAGCUGCAGGAGGACUCAUCAGUAGGCCAGUACUACCUGAAGAUCGCCCAACACUACGCCUCCAUACAGGAGUAUGAGAUAGCAGAACGUCUGUUUGUCAGAGGAGAUCACAUCAAAGAUGCCAUUGAUAUGUACACCCAGGCUGGCAACUGGGAGCAAGCACACAAGUUGGCUAUUAAGUGUAUGACUCCAGAAGAAGUUUCAGCUCUCUACAUCAGCAGGGCUCAGGAACUGGAGAAAGAGGGAAAGUACAAAGAAGCAGAGAGAUUGUUUGCCACUGUAGAUGAGCCAGACCUGGCCAUUACCAUGUAUAAGAAACACAAGAUGUAUGCAGACAUGAUCCGACUGGUGGCCAAACAUCACAGAGACCUGCUGCAGGAGACACAUGUUCACCUGGCCAAGGAGCUGGAGGCUGAGUCCAGGUUUCAGGAAGCAGAGUAUCACUACAUGGAGGGGCAGGACUGGAAAGCUGCAGUGCACAUGUAUCGGGCUAAAGAUAUGUGGGAGGAGGCCUACCGGGUUGCAAAGAGUCACGGUGGAGCCAAUGCCCAUAAGCAGGUAGCUUACCUAUGGGCCAAGAGUCUUGGGGGAGAAGCAGCAGUCAAACUGCUCAACAAAUUUGGCCUACUGGAGACGGCCAUCGACUUAGCAACUGAGAACUACUCUUUUGACUUUGCCUUUGAGCUGGCUCGGCUGUCUAUGAAACACAAGGUCCCAGACAUCCAUCUGAAAUACGCCAUGUUUCUGGAGGAUGAGGGCAAGUUUGCUGAAGCUGAAAGCGAGUUCAUCAAAGCAGGCAAACCGAAGGAAGCCGUUCUGAUGUAUGUUCAUAACCAGGAUUGGAGUGGGGCACAGAGGGUAGCUGAAGGUCAUGACCCAGAGAGUGUAGCGGAUGUGCUUGUGGGUCAGGCCAAGUACUGCUUUGAACAGAAAGAUUUCCAGAAAGCAGAGGCCUUCCUCCUCAGAGCACAGAGACCAGAGCUGGCCAUUAAAUACUACAGAGAUGCUGAGAUGUGGAGUGAAGCCAUGAGAAUCUGCAAAGAGUAUGUGCCUAACAAACUUGGCGCCCUUCAAGAGGAAUACGAAAAAGAGGCAGCAAAGAAAGGCAACCGUGGGGCAGAGGCUCUGCUGGAGCAGGCGAAGGAGUGGGAGCAGUCAGGAGAACACAGCCGAGCAGUGGAGUGCUACUUAAAGGUUAAGGAGGCUGCUAACACUGCUCAGCUCGAGAAAUGUUGGAUGAAGGCUGCAGAACUGGCCAUUAAGUUUCUCUCUCAGGAGCGUGCAGUGGAGGUCGUCCGGACCAUUGGCCCACGCUUGAUCCAGCUCCAAAAAUACAACGCCGCUGCCGAGCUCUACCUCAACCUCGACCUCAUUAAAGAGGCAGUGGAUGCUUUCAUGGAAGGAGAGGAAUGGAACAAAGCCAAGAGAGUAGCCAAGGAGUUGGAACCAAGGUUGGAAGACUAUGUUGACCAGCACUACAAAGAACACUUGAAAAACCAGGGCAAAGUUGACUCGCUGGUAGGAGUGGAUGUGAUAGCAGCCCUGGACAUCUAUGCAGAGAGAGGCCAGUGGGAGAAGUGCAUUGAGACAGCCUCCAAACAGAACUAUAAGAUUCUACACAAGUACGUGGCUCUGUAUGCCACACACCUGAUCAAAGAGGGUGAACCUGAGAAAGCCCUCAACCUUUACACUCAGCAUGGGCUGCCAGCCAACCCCCAGAACUUCAACAUCUACAAGCGGAUGUUUCUGGACCUGCUGAGUGUGACAGACAGGGACGGGGAGGAGGCAUACCGCAUGUGGGCAGACCUCAGGGAUGCCCUGCUCCUCCUGUGUGAGAAUCUGGGCAAGUCUGCUGAGGCCAGUUCUCCAGUCCAUGAGGAGUUUGAGCAGAUGCUCCUGGUGUCUCACUACUAUGCCACGCGCUCAGCUGCCAAGGCUGUGGACCAACUGAGUACUGUAGCAGCCAAGCUGUCAAUCUCUCUGCUGAGGCACACGGAGCUUAUUCCAGCUGACAAGGCCUUUUACGAGGCAGGCCUAGCUGCCAAGGCUGUUGGCUGGGACAACAUGGCCUUUAUUUUCCUCAACCGGUUCCUGGAUUUGGCUGAUGGGAUUGAUGAAGGAACAUUAGAUGUCCUGGAUCAUACAGACUUUCAGGACACAGAUAUUCCUUAUGAAGUACCACUGCCCUCAAAACAGCACAUCACGGUGGAGCAGAGGGAGGAGAUUCGAGACUGGGUGUUGACUGUGUCUAUGGACCAGCGGGUAGGACAGGUCCUGCCUAAAGACGAGCGGGACACAUACGAGGCCUCCCUGCUGGCGGCCCACACAGGCAUCCGCUCUCUGCCCUGUGUUAUAACGGGUUACCCUGUCCUCCGCAACAAAAUUGAUUUCAAAAGAGCCGGAAUGGUGGCGAAUAUAGAGGACUGGAAUAAAUUUCUAAUGGCUACAAAGACCACUCACAGCCCCGAGUGUCAAGAUGUGCUGAAAUUCAUCUCGCAGUGGUGUGGAGGUCUCCCAUCAGCAGGCUACUCCUUCCAGUGAGACUAGGGAAAGCCCUCUCUCCCUCCCUCUAACCAUAACUCACCCAG